UGAUGUAUGUGUGUGUGUGUGUGUGUGUGUAUGCGACAAGAUAAAAAAGCUGUUGACAUUGGAGAUGGGAAUUUGUGAAAGUGUGUGUGGGAGUUUGAGGGUAGGAAAUGGUGGGAAGUGUACUUGUGUGUGUGUGUGUGUGUGUGUGUGUGUGUGUGUGUGUUGGAGGAGGUACUGGUUGGGGGAGGUACUGGUUGAACAAUGUAGUGUGUUUGUAAGUGUGUGUGUGUGUGUGUGCGUAUGCAUGAGGGGGUGGGGAGAGAAGGAGGAGUGUGAACACACACAGUAUAAAUCCACAGUCUUAUACCUCCAUAUUCAGUACCUCAGCGUGUGUGUGUGUGUGUGUGUGAAAGAGAGAGAGACAGAGAGAGAGACUAUGGCUGCGGUGCUGAUUGAACUGGGCUGCUGGAGUCACUCAUGGGGCAGAGGCAUCCAUGUCCACCAGCAGCGGAUCUACAACCCUCUCAUGGACGGCUUGUGGUCUGAUUGGACUCCUCUACAUGAAGCUGCAUUACAGGGCAGAUUGCUACUGCUGAGGAGAUUACUUUCUCAGGGGUUCAGUGUGUGUGUGAGCACAGUUAAUGGUGUGACUCCACUACAUGAAGCCUGUGCUGGUGGCCAUUUCAGCUGUGCCAAAACCUUGCUAGAGUAUGGAGCCGAUGCGAAUGCCGUGACCAUUGACGGAGCCACUCCUCUGUUAAAUGCCUGCUGCAGUGGAAGCCCCGCCCUGGUCAACCUCAUUCUGAAACAAAACUCCGCCCACCACCCUGCUCACCGCUUGGCUUCACCUAUUCAUGAGGCAGCAAAGAGAGGACACGUGGCCUGUGUGGAGCUGCUACUGGCCCAUGGGGUGGAUGCUGACCUAGAGCUGGACACUGGAACUCCACUCUACUCUGCCUGCGAAGCGCAGAGAACCGACUGCGUACACACACUGCUGCUGCUAGGUGCUGAUGUGAAUCGUGGGCGUGGCCUGGACACUCCCCUGCAUGCUGCAGCCCGAGUGGGCGGAGUCAGAGAGGUGUCGCUGCUGCUUCAGCACGGGGCUGAUGGGAAUUGUAGGAACUCAGAGGGGAAGAGAGCCGUGGAGCUGACCCAGCAGCACAGCCCAGAGAGGCUGCUCCUGCAGGCCACAGGUCCCUGCUCUCUCUCCCAGCUCUCCAGGCUGUGUAUCCGCCGGUCGCUAGGGCAACACAGACUCAGCAAGACACACACACUCUACCUGCCACACACUCUUCACAAUUACCUGCUCUACAGAUAACACACACACACACACAGACACACACUCUUCACAAUUACCUGCUCUACAGAUAACACACACACACACCACCAGAUGCAAUGGAACUGCCUACACCGGAUGUGUGUGAGAGAGCACACAUCCAGAAAAAAAAUAUUACGCUCUGUGAAUAGAACACUGCAGCUGUGCAUCCAGCAUAGCCCAGUGGUAACCAACACACACACACACACACACACACAUACAAACAGCCCCUCCACCACACACACACACACACACACACACACACACACACAAAUAAUGCAACUGUAUACUGUAUAUCUACAAUGAACGCAUACACUGACAAUAUAUUUUACAAGACACAGCCAUACAACAGACUAUCACAAACGCCUCUCUUAUAUAUUCUAAUACUUGUAUAUAUACAAUGUAUAUAAUGUGAACGUUUUGUUUUAUGUUUUAUGCAAUUUGCCCUCAUUUGCCAA